AUGUCGGAGCCAUGUCAGAUUAUGUACUCUGAGGAGUAUCUCUCCACCAUGUCUAGUCUCAAGCAAUAUCUAGAAACCAAAACAUACACCGAGGAAGCGUUACAAGUUACAGAAGAGGCGCUUUCGCUUUUGGCCUCACACUACACUGCUUGGUGCUUCCGCUUGGAUAUCAUCAAACACUUGGGCAAAGACCUUUUCGAGGAAUUGAAUUGGUGCGAGGAAGUUGCAAUUGCCAAUGAGAAGAACUACCAAAUUUGGAACUAUCGCCAACGCGUAAUCGAGCUUAUAUUGGAAGAUCCGGCCCUGGCUGCUCAAUUCCAAGUACGCAGAGAGCUUCCUAUCUUUCAGAUGAUGAUCAGCAUGGACGAAAAGAAUCACCAUGUUUGGCUGUAUCGCAACUGGUUUGUGAAACGCUUCGAAUUAUACGAUGAUGCUGGGGAGCUUGAGUUUGUAAAUAAGUUGAUUGACAAGGAUGCUCGGAACAACAGUGCCUGGACACACAAAUUCUUCCUUCUAUUUAGCAGGAAUGAUGCAGCUGAGAAUAUUGUUGCACAGGAGUUAGAUUUCUGCAGAGAGAAGAUCGCAUUGUGCCCACAAAAUCCGUCGCUGUGGAACUACCUUCUUGGUAUAUAUGCUUCCCAAGAGAGGCUGCUUGUCGAGCUCAAAGACUUUUGUGGACAAUACGCAAACAUAAACGAUGAAGAGAUAAAAAGUUCAUUUGCUUUGGAAACGCUUGCAAAAAUUGCAGUAGAGCAGAAUGAUGUACUGUUAGCCUGCCGUUACUAUGACCUCCUCCUGCAAAAAUACGAUCCGAUCAGGGCCUCUUACUGGAAUUAUUUGUCCAAGAAAAUUCUGCUUAAUACUUAA